AACCAAGCACAUGUUUAGUAAUUCAUAAAAAUAUUUAAAAAAAAAAUAAUUUCUACCAAAAAAAAGGAUAUCGUUAAAAAUGCCCAAAGAACGCACUGAGAAAAAGUCACGCAUACACAAUGAAGUGCAAAAACAAGGUAUUGUUUUCAAUAAGGAUUUCGGCCAACACAUAUUGAAAAAUCCCUUGGUUAUUACAAGCAUGUUGGAAAAAGCUGCAUUGCGACCAACAGAUGUGGUGUUGGAAAUUGGUCCUGGUACCGGUAACAUGACAGUACGAAUGUUGGAGAAAUGCAAGAAAGUUGUGGCUUGUGAAAUUGAUACCCGCUUAGCCGCUGAAUUACAAAAACGUGUACAAGGUACACCCCUACAACCUAAACUACAAAUGCUUAUUGGUGAUUUCCUUAAAGCAGAACUUCCAUUCUUUGAUUUGUGCAUUGCCAACGUGCCCUAUCAGAUCAGUUCUCCCUUAAUUUUCAAGUUAUUGCUGCACAGACCUCUUUUCCGUUGUGCCGUUCUUAUGUUCCAGCGUGAAUUCGCACAACGCCUGGUGGCAAAGCCUGGUGAUAAACUCUACUGUCGCUUAAGUAUAAAUACCCAACUUUUAGCUCGUGUCGACAUGCUAAUGAAAGUUGGUAGAAAUAAUUUUAAACCUCCACCAAAGGUCGAAUCAAGUGUGGUGCGUUUAGAACCAAAAAAUCCCCCACCACCAGUUAACUUCACCGAAUGGGAUGGUUUGACACGUAUUGCAUUUUUGCGUAAGAAUAAAACAUUGGCUGCUGCCUUCAAAACAAAUUCGGUCAUGGAAAUGUUAGAAAAGAAUUAUAAAUUACACUUGUCAUUAAGAAAUAUGCCCUUAGAUGAGAAUUUCUCUAUGCAAGAUAAAGUUAUUGCUAUUUUAACUAAUUUAAACAUGGAUAGUUCUCGUGCACGUUCUAUGGAUUUGGAUGAUUUUAUGCGUCUUCUAUUGGCCUUUAAUUCGGAGGGUAUACAUUUUAAUUAGAAGUUCUUCAAUUAGAAGUUUUGUAAAUAGGUUUAAGUCUGAAUUUAGUUAAGAGUUGUUUGAAAUAGAUUCAGAAUUAUAUCGUUUACGUAUUUAAACGUAAACAAAAUUAUAAAUGCAUAAAAAUUGUGUUUAGCGUAUAGUUUAUUUAAUAAAGUCUUUAUAUAAAAAAUA